GCCGCUGACAUCACGCGGCCUGAGGCGGCGGCGGCGCCCCCGGCCCAGUCCGCGGCCCCCUCGGCAGAGCGCCUCCCGGCCCGGCGGAGGAUGGUGCGCGGCGCGCCGGGGGUCCCCCGCCGCCAGAGCCGCAGCGCCGAGCCCCAGCGGGCCGCGGCGGGCAGCCGACCCCCAGCCCGGGCGCGGGGCCCGCGGCCGCGGUGAGGCGCGCAGGGCGGCGCGGGCGUGGCGGCCAUGGGGGCCCUGACGAGCCGGCAGCACGCGGGCGUGGAGGAGGUGGACAUCCCGUCCAACUCCGUGUACCGCUACCCGCCCAAGUCCGGAAGCUAUUUUGCCAGCCACUUCAUUAUGGGAGGAGAGAAGUUUGACUCAACUCACCCGGAAGGCUACCUGUUUGGGGAGAACAGCGACCUGAACUUCCUGGGGAGCAGACCCGUGGCGUUUCCUUAUGCUGCCCCACCUCCCCAAGAGCCAGUGAAGACUCUGAGAAGCCUGAUCAACAUCCGAAAGGACACACUAAGGCUCGUCAAGUGUGCUGAGGAAGUGAAGGCCCCUGGAGAAGAGACAGGCAAAGCUAAAGUCCACUACAAUGUGGAGUUCACCUUUGACACUGACGUUCGGGUGGCCAUCACCAUCUACUAUCAGGCCACUGAAGAGUUCCAGAAUGGGAUUGCCAGCUACAUCCCCAAAGACGACAGCCUCCAGUCGGAGACAGUGCACUACAAGCGCGGGGUGUGCCAGCAGUUCUGCCUGCCCUCGCACACCGUGGACCCCGCCGAGUGGGCGGAGGAGGAGCUUGGCUUUGAUCUGGACCGAGAGGUUUACCCGCUGGUGGUCCAUGCUGUGGUGGAUGAAGGAGACGAGUAUUUUGGCCAUUGCCAUGUCCUGCUGGGUACUUUUGAAAAGCACACAGAUGGAACUUUCUGCGUCAAGCCUCUCAAACAGAAACAAGUGGUAGAUGGGGUCAGCUACCUACUUCAGGAGAUCUAUGGAAUUGAAAACAAAUACAACACACAAGAGUCUAAGGUGGCUGAGGAUGAAGUGAGCGAUAACAGUGCUGAGUGUGUGGUGUGCCUCUCCGAUGUCCGGGACACCUUGAUUCUGCCCUGUCGUCACCUCUGCCUGUGUAACACCUGUGCAGACACGCUGCGCUACCAGGCCAACAACUGUCCCAUCUGCCGACUCCCCUUUCGGGCUCUGCUUCAGAUUCGAGCCAUGAGGAAAAAACUGGGCCCCUUGUCUCCAACCAGUUUUAACCCCAUCAUCUCAUCCCAGACAUCUGACUCGGAAGAGCAUUCAUCCUCAGAGAACAUUCCACCAGGUUAUGAAGUAGUGUCUCUUCUGGAAGCCCUCAAUGGGCCCCUCACCCCAUCCCCAGCCAUCCCUCCACUCCACGUGCUUGGAGAUGGCCACCUCUCAGGAAUGCUGCCCUCCUACGGCAGUGAUGGCCAUCUGCCCCCCGUCAGGACUCUCUCCCCCCUUGACCGCCUGUCCGACUGCAGCAGCCAAGGACUCAAGCUCAAGAAAAGUCUCUCCAAGGCCAUUUCCCAGAGUUCUUCGGUGCUGCAUGAAGAGGAGGAUGAGCGUUCUUGCAGCGAGUCUGAGACACACCUCUCUCAGAGACCGUCCACUCAGCACCUUGGAGAGGAAUGUGGUGUAACUCCAGAGAGCGAGAAUCUUACUUUGUCAUCAUCAGGAGCUGUCGACCAGUCGUCCUGCACAGGGACGCCUCUCUCUUCCACAAUCUCCUCUCCAGAAGACCCUGCCAGCAGCAGCCUGGCCCAGUCAGUCAUGUCCAUGGUGUCCUCCCAGAGCCGGCACUCCCAGAUCAGCACCGACACGGUCUCCUCCAUGUCUGGCUCCUACAUUGCCCCUGGCACUGAAGAGGAGGGAGAGGCCCCCCCUUCCUCCCAGGCCGCCAGCAGGGCCCCCUCCGAAGAAGGAGAGGUGAUGCCCGUGGGGUCUCCAGACAGCAACUUCGUAGGCCUCGCUGCUGAGGAGCAGGAUGCGGAGGGAAACGAUGUUAUAGAGGAAGAGGACGGGUCACCCACACAGGAAGAUGGCCAGAGGACAUGUGCACUUCUAGGUAUGGAGUGUGACAAUAACAAUGACUUUGACAUCGCAAGCGUGAAAGCACUGGACAAUAAGCUGCGCUCUGAGGUCUGCUUACCCGGUACCUGGCAGGCUGAUGACAACAUUGCCAGUCGUCGGAACACACAGCGCCAGUGCUUAUCAUCGGGCAGCCUGGAGGACCCUGAGCACAGGCCCUGUGUGUGGGGUCCUCUGGCUGUCUGAGGGCCCCAGCCCCUGCCCCUGGCCCCCCUCCUGCCCUCGCCUUCCAUCCUGGCCUCUUGGGCAUCCUCAGCAAGGCACACGGGGACUUUUUACACCUAUGUGAAAGCUGGACGUUGAGGUCAGCCUUCUCUUUCUCCCAGCUUCACCUCUGUAACUGUGACCCUUCCCUUCCCAGAAGGGAAGCCUCCUUUCUUCUUGUGGGCUGAAGCCACUCAAUGAACUACAGCUCACAAGACCCUUUGCAGAAACUCUCUCUGGAAUGUUCCCACCGUGUCCUAACCUCAGGUGGAGUCAAGGUCCCCCCGAAGUUUCUUGUGCAUCUUUUUUCUCUUUAGCAGGUAAACCAAGAAGAUGUGGCAUUUUGGCAGCUUCAUCACAAACAUGUUUGGCAGGACUUCUGUGAGAAGGGACAGCCAAGUUGUACUAUAAGGGGAGUUAACUCCCUAAAGUGUUAGGAGGGCCCUUUUGCAAAGACAAAAAACGGUUGGCUGAAAAAGCAGUGCUUGCUUCUGGUAGCAGAACUAGUCCCUGUACCUCAGUAUCUGUCUGCUUGGGGAGGCAGCCUUGAGUCUGAGAAUUCCCCAGGCACUUAUGAUCAGGGGCAUUCAUGAAGGCCUGGAACUCCAUCCUAAGUUGACAUUUCAAAAAAAAACAUUUUUUGGCCACCUUUACAUGCCAGGCACAGGGUUGGGAGCUGUCAUCCAUUAUCACAUCUCAUUGCAGCAACCCUGUAGAGUGGCAUUCUUAUCCCUAUUGUCCCCGUCUCCACCCCUUUUUUUAAUAGUUGGAAGAAAUAGGUUCAGAGCGUUAGACCAGCACUUCUCAGACUGGUGCCCAGGAGCCCUAAGGGAAGUGGUGGAGGGUGCAGAGCCAGGGCCAGCAGUAGUCUGGAAGCCUCCCCACCCAACUUUAUCCUCUCCUGCCUUCCAGAUCUUCUGAGCCUGAUGGGGGAAAGGAUGUAAUGCCUUCCAUAGGCUUGUUAGAGAUUUAGAGAUACUGAUGUUCAAAUCAUGGGCCUAGUCCAGUAUAAGGCAGGUAAACUAGAGCCUGAAACUUCAAGGCUAGGUCAGAAGCUGUCAGGAGGUCCCGCUGCCUCAACACUAGUGUUAUCAAUGGAUCCCACGUAGCUUUUGGGUAGAUGUGUCAUCUGCUGGUUUUUGGGAAAGUGGUUGUUGGGAAGCAAAGUUGGGUAUAGUAAUUUGUGAGGCUGAGAUGUGGCAGAGCCAUAGGCCAUACCCGUCAUGACAGCCUGCCUUAGUAUUUGCUCAUUACCCUAGAAGAGCUCUUCAGGGCCAUGUUCAAGGCCUCAACGAGAGCCCAGUGCCCAGGGCAUCCUUUGCACCUUCACUGUGGCUCCUUGGUACCACCAGGUGAUGGUGCCCCUCGCACUGCCUAGUGGUUGUGGCUCAUGUCCUGCUCUGGUGAGGGAGGACCGUUUCUCGACAGACGUGAUGUGAGCCAAGCCUGAAUCUAAGCUUCUGUCCUGAGCACCCAGGUCCAGCAUCUCGGAAAUCCCACAGUGAACUCUAUUUCUGGCCCAACUUACUGUCCUUUCCUUCUCCCAACAUUCUUAUGUACAGCCCCUUUCGUACUUGAGAUUGGAGCAAUAACCCCACUUCCUGAUUUCCUUGAUAUUUAAGCUCCAGAAGCGCCAGGGAAUGGGCAGCUUCCCCUGGCCUGGGGUGGUGGCACAGAGCCCGCCUCUGCUCCCGGCAGGUAGUGUUCACAGUGUGCUGUUACCUGAGAUGAAGGAGAUGCAGGUAAACAGCUAUAGUGGCCAGGACCCCUAAGAGGAAGCCACAAUCCACCCCUUCUGAAAGGUCUGUGUCCCUCCUCUCAGCAGAGGCUCAGAAAGAUUCCUCAAGGCUUUGGUUCCACAACCAAGACAUACCCGAGUUAGAAAUGGCCCUUACUCCUAUUUCUCUCUCUCACAUACGUAAACACACACAUGCGCACACACCCUCUUUGUUCUCAUUUGGCUCUUUGGCAAACAGAAAUAUCCCAUCCAAAGAGGUUGGUCCUCAGCCUGGUCAGGGAACAGGGCAGCUGCCAACCCUACUGCCCUACUCCUUCAUGUGGAGACAGUCAUGUUAUAAGCAACUGACCCAGAGAGAGUGGGAUGGGGCCUGCCUUCUCACACGAAGCCACAGAGCAGCUGGAGGUGUGUGGUUCCUUCCUGCCAUGCUCAGGUCUGAGCUCUCCCAUGCCCUGCUUGGCCUUGGCCUUCUCAGAGCUGUUUUUCCUUUGCUACCUAGUUGGGCACAGACCCACACCCCGUAAGCAGUUUCAUCUAGAGAGAGUUAGGGUCCUGUCCACCUGAACUUGGCAUGCUGGUUGCUCGCUGUGCUGUGGGAUCUGUGUGUGUACUGUUUGUGCCCCCUGUGUACCCCUCUCAAUCCCUGGAGUACACUCAUGGGCACGCUACAGUGGGGACAUCAAGGAUGCUAUAUGUAUGGAUUGCUGCAUGAUUCUUAAAAUGAAUAAAACUGUUUACAAGGGAAGAAGA